AUGGCAGAGGACGAACCUCUGCCCAUUCAUGUAGAGAGUGACACGGAGCGGGGGCCAGCGCAGCCCGUGGUGGUUCUCCUGGGCUGGGCCGGCUGUCAGGACAGGCACCUGGCCAAGUACAGCGCGAUAUACAGCCAGAGGGGGUGCGCCAUCAUCCGCUACACGGCUCCAUGGAGGAAGGUGUUCUUCUCGGAGUCUUUUGGCAUCAAAUCCCUCCAGACUCCAGCUCAGAGACUCCUGGAGCUUCUCUUUGACUACAGCAUGGAAAACAGACCUGUUCUGUUUCACGUUUUCAGCAACGGUGGGGUCAUGCUGUACCGCUAUGUCCUCGAGGCUCUCCACACACAGCGGCCCUUCAAGAACCUCAGGGUAGUGGGCACCAUUUUUGAUAGUGCCCCGGGCAGAAGAAACUUGAGAGGAGCCCUCCGCGCCCUGGGAACUGUCUUGCUGUCCACUAACGUGCUGCUCAAGUACUUCCUGCUGUUCAGCUUUGCCAUUACUGCUGUGGUGAUGCGGAUCAUCCUGUACCCGCUGACCCGCUUCGUCCACGAGAGCCACUACGACGCCCUGCUCAAGGCGCCCUCGCGGUGGCCCGAGCUCUACCUCUACUCCCGGGCUGAUGCAAUCAUCAAGGCCAGCGACGUGGAGCGGAUGGCUGACGCCCGGCAGCGCCUCGGCGUCUCCACGAGAGCCGUGGACUUUUCCGACUCCGCUCAUGUGAGCCAUUUGCGGGCGUAUCCCACCUCCUACAGCAACCUCUGCAGGACUUUCCUGUCGGACUGUGUCCAGGGCGCCCCUCGCUAG